GCUCAGGUUUGUUAGUUGCAGCUCAAGAUGCUACAGAAGAUGAGGAAGCUGUGGAAGAUACUAUAGUUGAAGAUGAAGAUGACGAAGCUGAAGUGGAAGAAGAUGAGCCAACAGACUUGACAGAAGAAAAAGAGGAAGAAGACUUAUCAGGAGAACCAAAAGCCUCACCUAGUGCUGAUACAACCAUCUUAUUUGUGAAGGGUGAAGACUUUCCAGCGAACAACAUUGUAAAAUUUCUGGUGGGCUUCACCAAUAAGGGUACAGAGGAUUUCAUUGUUGAGUCUCUGGAUGCUUCUUUCCGAUACCCUCAAGACUACCAGUUUUACAUCCAGAACUUCACAGCUCUCUCUCUGAACACAGUAGUUCCACCACAGAGACAAGCCACAUUUGAAUACUCCUUCAUCCCUGCUGAGCCCAUGGGUGGUCGUCCUUUCGGUCUGGUUAUCAACCUCAACUACAGAGAUGCAAAUGGCAACGUUUUUCAAGAUGCUGUCUUCAAUCAAACUGUUACAAUUAUUGAAAAAGAAGAUGGGCUGGAUGGAGAAACGAUCUUCAUGUACAUGUUCCUGGCUGGACUUGGUCUGCUGGUCAUUGUUGGCCUACACCAGUUACUAGAGUCUAGGAAGAGGAAAAGACCGGUACAGAAAGUAGAGAUGGGAACAUCAAAUCAGAAUGAUGUUGAUAUGAGCUGGAUUCCCCAGGAAACUUUAAAUCAAAUAAUGCAGAGUAGAAGAGAUAAAGCUUCACCGAGGAGGUUGCCCUACAAGAGGGCACAGAAGAGACCAGUGGGCUCUGAUGAGUCCCUGGGCCACUUGGAUGCGAGCUUCCCAUCAGUCUCACGAGAGGAGAGGCGAUUCAGAAAGCACCACCGCAGCAGGACUUAGGAAGAUGUGGAUGCUUCAGCUUCACUGCAAUUCCCUGGCCUCCAUAGCUGGAUACACAACUCACGUGAUUCUUUGGCUCCCUGUCCUGUGAAAUGGGUUUUAUUUAUAGGAAAGCAUAUAAAAUGCAGCUAGCAAAAGCAGCUCUGACAAGCUAAAACAAAGGAUUUGUCUCUUUUUUUGACACAUGCACGUGGCUUUUGAAUACAUCCUGCAGAGUUUGCGGCCAUAAACAUUUAUGCAAGAAGAAAACUAUGGUAGCAGAAACCUACUUAGUUUAUAGAAGAAGUGACUGGUACACUACAUGCUGGGAGGAUGCUCACCUGUGUGACCACAGGGCUACCAUUAAUUAAAAAAGAGAAUCCUGACCCUGUCUAUGCAGGAAAAUCAGCACUUUUCUGCUGUCUUCAGUUGCUGCGUUGAGGAGCUGCACCGGGAGACAAGCAGCGUUUCCAAGGGGCCUGGCUAGCAGAAAAGGCUGGUCAAAAUGAACACGAGUUUUCAGAGUGCUGCAAUCAUCUCCAGCUCAAACCCAGAUCAACUGAAGGAAGAGAAACAGUGAUCCAUUGGCACAGAUAAACUCCGGCUUGCACAUCGUCCUCCAGCAGCACCAAGUCUAAGAACAAGUCACCACAAACCCACAAGAAGAGCCAUGCCCAUUUAGUAACCUAUAAUUUUUAAAUAUAACAUUUUAUUGCUUAGAUGGUUUGAUACAGAACAAGUUUUACUUUUUAUUUUGAAUUUGGAAGUACUGUACAACUGAAAAAAAAGAGGAAUAAAAGUACCAAAACAAUGUGUGAUUCUCUGUUCAUGUGGCAUAAACCAGUCUUGUACACAAUUCGUAGCAGCAGUUUAAGUUCCCUUUAGAAAAAUAUGAAUUCUACACAUUUAUUACUGUUUCCUGCAUGGGAUGAAAUCACUAGGAUUAAACUUCCUUCGUGGAGAGAGAAGAGAAAGGAGACACGCAGAGAGGAAAGAGAAGAUGAAUCAUUCUGAAAAUGGAAUCAGACUGUCACAUAGCCCCCUAAAGUUAUUUCACAACAGCCUCAAACAAGGUUCUCUCUUUUUUUUUUCUUUUUCCUUUAUUUUAUUUUGCGCUUUCACAGUCAAGUGCUUAAUGUAGUGAUUGAAUUAUCUCCAUGUUAAGUCCAUUGCAACUCAGGCAAAAGAAUUUUAGAAGAUUUUUUUUUUGUUUUCUUUUUGUUUUCUUUUUGUUUUUUUGUUUUUUGUAAAAGCCCUGAGAGAGGAAAAAAAAAUAAAAAGAUUCAAACGAAAAUCGUAUAGAGACAAAUUAGCUGAACAUGCAAACUAAAGCCUAAGAUUCACCCAUAGUUUAAACACAUUAUAAAUUUCACAGUUUAAUAUUGGGGGAGGAAGGGAAACAAAAAAAAACCCCAACAACAGCAACAGUUCUCAGUCAAACUCAACUAAUAAAAAUGUCAAUAAAAUGUGGCAAGACCUUAUACUCUACUAGGAUAUAGAUAAAGGCUAAAUAAAGCUUUAAAUCAAUAGUGAUUAUUGCUAGCAGAUGUCCCGGCAGGCUGCUGGGAAUUAAUUACUUGCUACAUUGUUCUGCAGCAUAUAGUUUAGUAAUGGCUUCUCCCCCACAGUAUUGCGCAGUUUAGUGUGGAGAGUUGCAAAAAAAAA